AUGGGUUGGAGGAAAAUGAAUGGAUUUAGAACAACAUCAAGGUGUGAAGGGAUAAACAACUUCAUCAAGAGGUUUAUUGGCAUUUGUCAAAGUCUUUUAGAGCUAGUCCAGAAUCUUGAACAUGCUCUUAGGGAUUAUAGACACAACGAAUUAGUUUCUCAAUUUAAGACGGUGUACGGAGAGCCUGUGUUAACAACUCGCUUAGCUGCAUUGGAGCUUUGUGCUGCAAAUUUUUACAAACGGGAGAUGUUUGGCAAAGUAAAAACAGAGAUUGAAGGAGUGGUUGCAUUAGAUGUUAUAAAUGAGGAAAAUAUAUCAACUACUGUUGUUUUAAAAGUUAAGGAGUAUGACAGAAGGCAACAUAUAUACACCGUACUUUAUGAGCGCAACACCGAGAAUAUGGAGUGUGAAUGUAGUAGGUGGAGUAGUGAAGGAAUUUCUUGUAGCCACAUGUUUUGUGCCAUGAAAAGGGUAGGUUUACAGAAGUUGCCAGAAAGUCUUCUUUUGAGAAGAUGGUCCAAGGAUUCCAAAAAGUAUCUGGACGAAAGUUCAGCUGGAAGCACUGUGCAAGAUGGAGAAAGAGAAUUUUUAAUGCGCUAUGGCGCAUUGUCAGUGGCAGCUACGUGGAUGGUAUUCUUAGGAGCUUAA